AUGCUUUCUUCGGAGACAGGUCGGCCAUCCGGUGGAAUGCACGACACUCGCACGAACGGCACAGAGAUCGACCGACUACGGAACAAGAUUCAGAGGGCGAUCAUCGAGGACACUGGCCCAACGAGUGUUCAGCUGUGGGCAGGCGCGUUGAAGAUGCUAGUGUAUGGACGGACUGUUCUACUGGGAGGGCGGAACGAUCGCUCAGAUCAGCACACUUUUGCUUCCAAGCUCGUCGCUACUGCGUCAGCCGAGUCAGAACCAAUCUUCGCCAUCACGGAUGUUACGAACACGCCAACAUCAGCAACCGUCAUCGACUACACCGUACUGUCGCACGCCAACGGCACGGCACCCCAGCGCUCCGUCCUCAAGGCAGCCACCAACGGCACGAAGAAGUUGCUGCACAUGAUCCUGAACACUACCGACACCGACUAUCGGGAUAAUGGCUUAUGCGGCGGCCUUACCAUGUCACUCUGGCAACGAGUGCUAGCUCUAGCAGCUGGGGCUGAAGGUCUGAUGAACCAGGAUCAGCAGAGCAGUGUUCUCCGGUAUGCGCAGGAUAGGUCUACGCUGGUGAAGGAGCGCGCGGUGUUGGCGAAGCCGGACAGUGUGCAGAUAUGGAUGGUGCUGGAUAGCAUGAGUUGCUUGGCGUAUGAUAUCAGGCCUUGA